AUAUCUCUCUCCCCGUCUUUCCCUGUAAAGCCAAAGCACUCAAAGCUCUCUGUCCCUCUCUGAGUUUCAUCUCCCUGCGAGGCGAUACCUAAUUUCUUUUUGUUUCAAUAUUUCCUUCUUCGCCAAUUUAUUGCGCUAAAGAUUCUUAAUUUUUCUUGCAUUCUGCUUCUACUCGCAUUCAAUUUCUCUGGGUGCUCUGUUCAGCUUUCUAUUGCCUUCGAUCAUUGUACGGCUUGGACGCUAUUUGGGUUUUCCGUUCUUGCGAUCGAUAGCGCAAAUUUCUUGCCAACUCAAAGGUGCCGUUUGGAUUCCGUUUGGUGUUUUGUUUCUUAAGUCGAUCGAUUGGGGUUGGCUGUGGAGCGCGGAUUUGGCUUUGGGUUUAGGUGUGUGAAGAGUGAGGAUUUUUAUUAAAAAAAAAAUUUACAUUUUGUGAUGAGAAUCGUAAUCAGAGAAUGAACGAUGCCGGUGCUGCGUAGCGGAGCGCGCAGGGGCCGGGGAGCAGCAGCAAAGCAACAGGCAAAUCCGACUGAGGCAGGGGAGGCGAUCGCAACAAGGACACGCAGAAGGCGCGCGGAAGCAGCUGCUGCGGGGGCUGCACCUAAAAAUAAUAAUACUAACAACAAUAACGAUAAGGACCAGCAGCAACCGGUGGAUGAAAACGUAGUUGCUGUUGCUGCAGUCGUGGCAGCGGCGGUAACGGCGAACCACGGGGUAAAUAGGGGUGUAGAAGGGGGAGUGGCGGUUGCUGGUGUUGGCGCUAUUGGUGGAGGGGCGGAAAAGAAGGAGGAAGUAGGAGAAAAGCUUAUGGACGACUACGAUAGUGGCGGGAAAAGUAAUGAUAAAGCCAAUGCUGGUGAAGAUGAGGGGAGCACUGCUCCACUUCCUGAGAAGGUUCAGUUUGGCGGUUCCCCAGUUUACAAAUUAGAAAAAAAGUUGGGCAAGGGUGGCUUUGGUCAAGUGUAUGUUGGUCGACGCCUUUCUCCUCUUACUUCAAAUGAUAGAACUGGACCUGGAGCUGUAGAGGUGGCCUUAAAAUUUGAGCAUAGAAGUAGUAAGGGAUGUAACUAUGGACCACCACAUGAGUGGCAAGUUUAUAGCUUUCUUGGGGGCAGUCAUGGAAUACCACGAGUACACUACAAGGGUCGACAAGGUGACUACUAUGUCAUGGUUAUGGAUAUGCUGGGGCCAAGCUUGUGGGAUGUUUGGAAUAAUAACUCUCAUACAAUGUCCACUGAAAUGGUUGCUUGUAUUGCCAUUGAAGCAAUAUCAAUAUUGGAGAAGAUGCACUCUAGAGGUUAUGUUCAUGGAGAUGUAAAGCCAGAGAAUUUUCUUCUUGGACCUCCAGGAACUCCUGAUGAGAAAAAGUUAUUUCUUGUUGAUCUUGGAUUAGCCACCAGAUGGCGAGAUACUUCAAGUGGUCUUCAUGUUGAGUAUGAUCAAAGGCCGGAUGUUUUUAGAGGAACAGUUCGUUAUGCUAGUGUGCAUGCCCAUUUGGGAAGAACAGCUAGUAGAAGAGAUGAUUUAGAAUCGCUUGCUUACACCCUCAUUUUCCUUCUCCGAGGUCGUUUACCUUGGCAAGGAUACCAGGGAGAGAAUAAGGGCUUUCUUGUCUGUAAGAAAAAGAUGGCAACAUCCCCAGAGGGUCUCUGUUGCUUCUGUCCGCAGCCUUUCAAACAGUUUGUUGAAUAUGUGGUGAACUUGAAGUUUGAUGAAGAACCUAAUUAUGCAAAAUGUGUUUCCCUUUUUGAUGGGAUUGUUGGUCCAAAUCCAGAUAUCAGGCCAAUUAACACAGAAGGUGCUCAAAAGCUUAUUUAUCAGGUUGGUCAUAAGAGAGGUCGGUUGUCUAUGGAGGAAGAAGAUGAUGAACAACCAAAGAAAAAGGUUCGAAUGGGCAUGCCAGCAACACAAUGGAUUAGUGUUUACAAUGCUCGUAGACCUAUGAAGCAAAGGUAUCACUAUAAUGUGGCUGAUGCAAGGCUUGCCCAGCACAUUGAAAAAGGAAAUGAGGAUGGCUUAUUUAUUAGCAGUGUAGCUUCAUGUCAGAAUCUGUGGGCCCUGAUUAUGGAUGCUGGUACUGGUUACACUGCACAAAUAUAUGAACUAUCACCACAUUUUCUUCACAAGGAAUGGAUAAUGGAGCACUGGGAGAAGAAUUAUUAUAUCAGUGCCAUAGCUGGAGCUGCUAAUGGAAGCUCAUUAGUUGUUAUGUCUAAGGGUACUCAGUAUUUGCAGCAGUCGUAUAAAGUUAGUGAUUCAUUUCCUUUCAAAUGGAUUAACAAAAAAUGGAAGGAGGGCUUCCAUGUUACUGCAAUGGCCACCUCGGGGAGUAGAUGGGGAGUUGUUAUGUCUCGUGGUUCAGGGUUUGCACACCAGGUUGUUGAACUUGAUUUCCUUUAUCCUAGUGAGGGCAUACAUCGUCGGUGGGAUCAUGCAUAUCGUAUUACAGCAACUGCAGCAACUUGGGAUCAGGCUGCUUUCGUUCUUAGCGUGCCAAGAAGGAAACCGCCAGAUGAAACGCAGGAGACGCUUCGAACUUCUGCUUUUCCCAGUGCCCAUGUCAAGGAGAAGUGGGCAAAGAAUUUAUACAUCGCAUCAAUUUGCUAUGGGCGAACAGUCUCAUGAGUGACACCUCUCUCACUCUCAUCUCUCUCUCUCUCCCUAUAGUUGUGUGGUUGAGAAGAGAAAACCGUGUACUCUGAAGUGGCAUUGUCUAGGCUGGGAGAAAUUUUGAUGAUAAAUCUCUUUCUUCUAUCAAUUGUAAUCAAAAUAUAGAAGCUCUGGGUUAUGCCUGUCAUUUAUGUAAAAUUUCUCCUACCAAAGUCUGAUCCGGCAAAGCCUUCCGAUGGGCAUAUUUUUUCAACUUUUUGUACAGUCUUUGAAUAAUUACACUAGGUAUGACAUCUCGUAGGAUUCAUGGUCCUCUUCUUGGAUGAUUGAUUUUGGUUUAGUAUGGAAGUGAUGGUUUUUUGUACCUUA